UCUCGACUCUCCUCUCUCAGUCUCCACCAUCCUCCUCGCCUCCUAUCUCUGUUGUCGCUCCCACCACUCCCCCAGUGCCCCCAACAGCAACCACCACCACCACCGCAGCAACCACACACCUCGACGCCUGGCUGAAGCUGAACGGCUCGUGCCCGGUUUCCAGGAACUUGCCGCUGCCAACCCCGCUGUCCACGCCGCUCGCGGAGGUCGUUUCACUCUCGCAGUACGCCGCGGAUUGGAGGCGGAGGAGAAGGAAUUCUCAAAGUUAGCUACAAUGGCAGUCACAUUCUAUGAUGUCAACUCGCCGGCUGGCCUGAAGAAACUUGAUGAUUACCUCCUUACUCGCAGUUACAUUACAAGCUACCAAGCUUCAAAGGAUGAUAUUACUGUAUAUGGAGCUCUUUCAAAGGCUCCAUCAGCUGAAUACGUUAAUGUCUCUCGGUGGUACAACCAUAUCGAUGCGCUCUUGAGGAUCUCUGGUGUUUCUGGAGAAGGGUGCGGUGUCACUGUGGAGGGAUCUGCUCCCAUCACUGAGGAGGCAAUUGCAACUCCUCCUAUUGGUGACACAAAGGCUGCAGCUGCUGAGGAUGAUGAUGAUGAUGAUGUUGACCUUUUCGGUGAAGAGACUGAAGAGGAGAAGAAGGCUGCGGAAGAACGUGCUGCUGCAGUUAAGAAAUCUGCCAAAAAGAAAGACUCUGGCAAGUCAUCAGUUCUUUUGGACGUGAAGCCAUGGGAUGAUGAAACUGACAUGAAAAAGCUUGAGGAAGCAGUGAGAAGUGUUGAGAUGGAAGGGUUGUUUUGGGGAGCAUCUAAACUCGUAGCAGUUGGGUAUGGUAUCAAGAAAUUGCAGAUAAUGCUUAGCAUUGUGGAUGACUUGGUAUCUGUUGACGAUCUCAUUGAGGAACGUCUUACAGUUGAACCAAUUAAUGAGUAUGUCCAGAGCUGUGACAUUGUUGCCUUCAACAAAAUAUAAUUGGAGGAUACGCUUGUCUGUUUGUUGGUGCUGGGGAGGUUGCAGUCGUGGAGGGAUUGAAAACCUGAAAUUAUGGCUACUCUGUAUUUCUCUUUUUGAUCCACAAAACUCUAUAUUCCAAUUUUUGUUUGUUGUGACGUGCAUUUUUAGUGAUUGAUUAUGCUUCCAGAGAAGCAAAUGGUGCCUAUUAUUACGUAAUUUAUGAUCUUGGUAUAUUGAAUAAUGUCUUGACCAUAUAUCUAUAUCUCUUAGCCUAA